AGAUUUGUUUUAUUUUUGUUGUCUGUCGCUGGUCACAUCAUUAAAAUGAUGGAAAACUUAAUUUGUACGGUAGGCAAGAAAACAGACGAUAUUAGAGACGAAUCUACAUUUAAAUACAAUAACGAUCUAUAUGAAAAAUUAAUGAUAUGGCAGGAUUUCGAGCAGUUAAUUGCAAUUGACAAAAGUUCGGGGUUUUACUUACAACCGUUGUCGAUUAACAACAUUCCUUACUUAGUGUUGUGCUAUAAAGAAACUAGACUCAGAGAAAAAUUGACAAAUGCUUUGCUAAAUCAACGAAAAUUUGUGAUUGGUUCAUUUUUUGAAGUCGAUGAAGAGUUCCAGCAAGACACAAGCAUUUUGGAUAUAGAAUCAGACGAAAAAGAGUUCUUGACUAUUGACAAUUUCUAUGAUAAACUUAAAGAAGCACAUGCUAGUGAUGAUCUCAGCUCAUUUCCAGGCGUUCAACAUCCAAUGCUUAAAAGUACAACAAUUCUCCGUCCAUAUCAAGUUAGAGGUGUCAAAUGGAUGCUUAAAAGGGAGCUUCAAACUGAAUAUGUACCAACAAACUUUAUCAAAAUGAAGUCAAAAUUUAAUGCACAACAAAAAUACUUUUACAAUAAGUAUACUCAGGAAUUUUACAGACACAACCCAGAACAGAAUUUAGCCUUUCCAAAAGGAGGAAUGUUAUGUGAUGAGAUGGGUUUAGGAAAGACUCUUGAAAUGAUUACGUUAAUAUUAAUGAAUACAACAAAGAGAGGCAAGAAAAGACAUUUUGAAGAAGACAUGACAGAGGAAGUGCUAGAAAGACUUAAACCGACUAAGAAGCAUAAAGUUAAGUGUGUCUGUCAUUCCGAUAAAAAGAAGAGCAUGUCCAACAUGAUAAUUUGUAAAAACUGUUUUAAUGCACAGCACAUUACCUGCGUAUUCCAAAGAAACAUAACUGAAGACGAUAAAUGCAAUUAUUUGUGUCCGCAUUGCUGGAAAUCUUCAGAAAAAAUCAUUCAAUCUUCUACAACCAUUGUCAUAACUCCAUUAUCAAUUAAGAAUCAAUGGACGAGUGAAUUUAAGAGGCACAUAGCUGAUAAAAACUUUAAAGUUCUGUCUUAUAAUGGAAUCUCAAAUGGCUGGAUCUCUCCAGACGAAUUAGCAACUUAUGACUGUGUAGUAACUGAUUUUAAUACAUUAUCGAAAGAGCUCUACUUUACUGAGACUAUAGACAGACAAUUAAGAGGAGCUAAGAAGUUUGAAUAUCCUCCAUCGCCAUUAAUUCAUGUCAAUUGGUGGCGCGUGAUAUUAGAUGAAGCACAAAUGGUUGAGAACAAGAACACACGUCCAAGCCAAAUGGUUAAGCAACUUCCAGCAGUCAAUCGUUGGUGUAGUACCGGCACACCGAUUGAAAAAGGUGCUGUUCAUUAUUUAUAUGGCUUAAUUUAUUUCCUCGAUCUUCAUCCAUAUGACAAUUCUGAAGUAUUUAAUAAGCUUUGGCUAGACUAUAAAAACGGAUAUCCAAAAAGACUGAUAGAAAUGCUUUCUAAAGUUAUGUGGCGAACAUGCAAGAAGGAUGUUGAGCAUGAAAUUCAAAUUCCAGAACAAAAGGAAAUCAUUCAUUAUGUGGAAAUGAGUGACCUUCAAAAAUGCUUUUAUCAGCAAGUCCACAUUAGUACAAAACCUGAAUUCUUGAGACAUGUCCAAAACUUCUUGAUGCGAAAUAGUCGAGAAAUUGAUCCAUUUACAAAUGAAAGAAGAAUCGAUCAUUCAUUGAUGGACCGAAAAAUUUAUGAAUUGGAUAAUACAACUUUAAAGUCAUUAAUGGAACCUCUGAGAAAAAUUCGUCAGGAUUGCACUAUUGCCAAUUUAUUCUCUAACACUAAUGAUCAAACUCGAGUCAAGCAGACAUUGCGAGCAGAACAAUUACAUGAACAUCUAGUAUCAAAGGCAUCGAUUGAAUGUAAAUCAGCACUAAGAACAAUUUGUUCAAGUUUGAACGGUAUGGCAGCUAUAAAGAUAGCAGAAAUGAAGUAUGAUGAUGCGAUGUCUUAUUAUGGUCAAGUUUUUCGAUUUGCUAGAGAUUAUACAGGAGUUGUCAGUGUCGAUUCGAUGCUUCAAAUCCAUUCGUACCAUAACAUGAUUGAGGCUAAAUUAUUGUCAAGUAACUCGACAGACUUCCCAGAAAAAGAAGAAUAUACAAGAGAGAUGGGAAAAAUGGAAUGGAAAUACAUCAGCAAUUAUUAUGACAAAGUUGAAACUUUAAAUAAGGAACUUGAUGAAAUUAAAGUGAGCCUGGUGUCAGCAACAAGAGAAUAUUCAGACCGUAAUGGAUUUUGGUGGCGUGACAUUGUCGAAUCUCAAAGAACAAGCGAGGAAGAAAUGAGAUUUUAUGAGAUGCUGAAUACUGAAUUGAUGUCAUCUGCUGGAUCUCAAAUAACUGGCGCAAUAAGAAGCACUUAUGGCAUACAAUUAGUAAUAACGGAAUGGAUGGACAAGUUUGAACGGUUCACAAAUGAAAUUAUGAAGAGAUUCAAAAGUCUCAGCUAUAUCAUUAAGAAUCUACGUCCAUCAUAUGAGUUAUCAGAUGAAGUCAAUGAGAAAAUACUGAACCUGACUCAAGCUGCACUUUAUUGUCAUUUAAAUCUCGAGGAAAGUGACGACGACGGACCAAGAAAAAUAUCAGAACCGAAAGAUCCAAGAAAUAUGUGUGAAAUGUGCAAGUUAAAGAAGAAAUUGGAUGAAUAUGAAUGCACACUGUUUAAUAAGACACUUGUUGAUCAAAAUGUUGAAGGAACUUGGAAUCCACGAGCUGAAGAACGUCUGCUUAAUGCCAUUUUGACGUAUGCACGACGACAUCGAUUUGAUGAAGAGAACAUUGAAAUGGGAAAGAACUUUUUUAAGUACCUGAAAGCAUUAAAGGAUAGAUAUAAGUUAUUAGCACAGUUGUGGGUUGAGACAAAUUACACAAUUUGUGCAUUUGAUGAGAUCCGAAUGUGUAAAAUGAGAAUGCAAGUUGUGGAAUCAACAGAGGAACUAACAGAUGAAGAUGUUAAAUACAGAUUGAAAAUAACAAGACAUCAAACUCAGGAACAACUGCAAAUCUUUAAAUCACAAAUGCAAGAAGCUGAAAUAUUAUUUACACGACUUCAUGGACGAAUUAAGUAUCUUGAGCAUUUAAAAGAGAAAAAUGACAAUGUGGAAUGUCCAAUAUGUACAAAUCAAGCUACAGAACGAUAUUAUGUAACUAUUUGUGGACAUGUCAUUUGUGCUCAAUGCUUCAUCAUCCUUACAAAAGAUAAAAGGCGCUCAUUUAUGAAAAUAAAUUGUCCUGUAUGCAGAACGAGCCAGGAAAUUGCUAAUAUCUAUGCUGUAACUUGUAGUGAUGCUCCAUCAACAUCUGGUGUCAAAAUUACUGGAAGUUAUUCACCAAAAAUUGAUGAGAUUAUUCGCUGCAUCUUGAAACUUAAGGAAGACGAGCCUGAUGUCAAAAUUUUAAUCUUUUCUCAUUGGGACUCAAUCCUAAGUGCUAUUAUUUAUGGAUUAAAAGAGAAUAGCAUAACUUAUCGUUCUUCAUUCGGUUCCAACUUCAACAAGCAAAUUGAUGAAUUUAAAGACUAUAAUCAAGGAGUAACAUGUAUGAUGCUUAACCUUAAAUUUGGCGGAAAAGGUUUAAAUCUGACAGAAGCAACUCACGUCUUUCUGGUUGAGCCAAUUUUAAAUGCGGACGAGGAGAUGCAAGCUGUUGGAAGAAUUCAUCGAAUCGGUCAAACAAGAUCGACUUUUGUCCACAAAUUUAUCACCAAAAACACAAUUGAAGCUUUUAUUUUUGAUAAAAUUAUCCAAGAAAAGGAUUACUGGAUUCAUAAGCAAUUUACAAUUAGGGAUCUUGAGGAUGUCUUUUCAGUACAAUAUGAUGGCAGUCAGAAUAAUCCUGUAUCGUUGUAUUAAGGACAGCUAUUGCAUUUUUCCGUAUUAUUUUCUUUUUAAGUCAAGUUUAAUUUAAAUCUGCAGAUUAAAAUUUUUAAUCCAGAG